AUGAAGUUUCUCUUGUCAAGUUGUAGGUCACAUCUGCUUAGCUUCUCUCAAGAUCAGCAGGAUUGCAGCACUGUGGUCGCAUUUCACGAACCAAAGUCUGUUCCAGUCCCUGCUGUGCAGGUUCCAGUCCCUGCUGUGCCCGUUCCAGCCCCUGCUGUGCGUGUUCCAGUCCCUGCUGUACCCGUUCCAGCCCCUGCUAAGGAUACCCCGAUCCAACCUAAGCGGGCUGACUUUUAUUCAGCUUUAAAUACGCCUAGUAUAUCAGCUGAAACACAAGCAAGUACUGCGGAUGGUUCUGGUCGAUCGAGCAUGCACAAGAUUGCUGAGUCUACAACAUCAACAACAGAUGCUCCAAAAACGAUUGACUGGAGCACAUCAAGUUGUAUCAAGCCUCCUGAUUUACAAGGUCAGUGUGGUAGUUGCUGGGCAUUUGCUUCUAUGAGUGCAAUUGAGGCUGCGCAAUGCCUCGCGAACGAUGGCAAAAUAGCGCCCACCUACUCAAAGCAGCAAAUUGUGAGCUGCGAAAGAAGAAGCUUUGGCUGCGGUGGUGGCGCUGCGCUGUACGCAAUGGAGUAUGCGCGCGAUAACGGCGUUUGCUUGGAGAGCAGCUACCCGUAUACUUCAGCAGAAACUCACAAUGCUGCUGAGUGUCUAAAUUCUUGCGCUAGCCAUAAGUCAGGCAUUACUGACAUUGUUAAACUGUCAGCUGGAAACGAAAGUGCGCUGAUUGAAGCUUUACAAAAGCAACCUGUGGUCGUCUCGGUCAUAUCGAACAAUCCAGCAUGGAAGCAGUACAAGAGUGGCGUCAUGUCAUCUUGUGAUAAUCAGAAGGUGGAUCACGCUGUGCUCGCUGUGGGCUAUGACGCCACUACUAUCAAAAUUAAAAAUUCAUGGGGCACAGAUUGGGGUGAGGAUGGCUACAUUCGUAUUAGCCGCAGCACGCAGGACAUGGGCACAUGUGGCGUGCUCACCGAUAUGUUGUACCCCAAAGUGUAA